UCACUCGCACAGGACAGAAGGCUAACCCAAGUGCUACGGUGACAGAAUGAUCAAAACCAGAAUUUUCCAGCAAGAACCGGAGCUAGCAGGGGAAGAAGGAGCCGGCGGCAAGCUGCAAGAAACUCACGGACCGAAAAAUGCCCAGAAAUUCAAACCCACAUAGCAGCCGGCGGACAGGGGAGAAGAGCAGAGCAUAUCUGGAAUUUCCAGCAGAGGGGGGGAUUUCUGGGUUCAAGAACAAGAAGAGAAGGAGAAAAUCCCAAGCUUGGUCACCAAUUUUCUCAAAAAAUGAGUCGGUGGCUAGAGGGGCUUGGGGGGGGCUGUCGGGAGGAAGAGUCGAGAAGAAGAAGAAGAUGAGGACGAGCAAAACACGUGGCUGAGGAAAGAAAUAUCAGCCUUGAUC